AUGUUUGACCUCAAGAUCAUGAUGACCAUUGGUGGCGGCUUACUGAUGACUGCAUUGGUGCUGAUAGGUGGUGUCACCUGUCUUUACUUCAAAGUAGCUGACACAUUAAAUGCUGCAAAGGACCUUGUUGCUAUGACCAUAACCAAGAGUAAUCAAGACGAGGUUGCCAAGGCUACAACCUCCAUCUCUGAGUCUUAUUCCAGCCUCCAGUGCUGCGAAGAAUGUAGAUUGCCUGUCGACUUUGACCCCCUGCCAUCGUGCUUCUGUGACAUAAACGAUGGACUCUGA